GGUUAAUCCAAAAUGGCGCCGCACUGGUUUCUUGUGGUUUACUAGUUAUUUCUUUAUUUUUGAUGAUAAAAAAGCAAUUAUCAUGUUUUAUUGCUGUAGAAUAAAUGUUGCUGUACCAGUCCGGUCGUUCUCGCUGUAUCUCCAAUCCAAUAAAACAGCAGGUUUACGAAAAUAUUCACGAUUGUAUUCCUCCUCAGGACUCACUGGCUCAGGCAAGCAUGGGAAUGCUGUCAGCCGCUUGUGGAGCCUCACUCAGAGAGCUGCGCGACAGUCAACCAUGCGAACACCUUCAAAACGCUCCGGAGGAACUCUGAAAAUCCUUCUGGCACCGGCAGUGCUUACGGUAUCCGGGCGACUAUUUUGCCACGUGGCUUACUGUGAGGCAGAUGUAAACAACAACAUCCCGUUAGAGACUGCACGCAAACAACCAGAGUUUAAAUGGCACAUCUUAUGGGAGUUUGUGAAGCCACAGCUGUUAGCGCUCACUUGUGCUGUACUGCUUGCUUUUGGUGCAGCGAUUUUAAACAUUCAAAUACCGCUGCUGCUGGGAGAUCUGGUGAAUGUUGUGGCACGCUACCUGAGGGAGCAAACCGGAAAUUAUGUCCGUGAGAUACAAGGCCCUGCUUUCAAAUUGAUAGGACUGUACGGCAUCCAAGGCUUGUUGACAAGUGGCUACAUUAUCCUGCUAUCAAGGGUGGGAGAAAGAGUGGCGGCGGACAUGAGGAAAACCCUUUUUGCAUCCUUACUGAGGCAAGACGUGGCUUUUUUUGACGCUACCAAAACUGGACAGCUGGUGAACCGUUUGACUGCCGAUGUUCAGGAGUUCAAGUCAUCCUUUAAAUUGGUCAUCUCUCAGGGUUUGCGGAGCAUCACACAGACAGUGGGCUGCUUUGUCUCGCUUUACAUUAUCUCCCCAAAACUCACAGGCUUGACGGUGGUGGUCCUUCCCUGUUUAGUGGGAGCAGGGGCUAUUAUCGGCUCUUUCCUUCGCAGACUUUCCCGUUUGGCCCAAGAACAGGUGGGCAAGGCAACAGCUGUGGCGGAUGAGGCUCUGGGAAAUGUACGAACAGUGAAAGCCUUCGCCAUGGAAGAACGGGAGCUACAGUUAUAUGCUUACGAAGUUGACAAGUCUUGUGAAAUGAAUGAAAAUCUCGGGAAUGGAAUAGCAGUAUUCCAGGGACUUUCAAACAUCGCCCUGAACUGCAUUGUUCUUGGAACUAUUUUCGCAGGAGGUACUUUGAUUUCCAGCAAUGAAAUGUCUCCUGGGGAACUCAUGUCUUUCUUGGUGGCAUCCCAGACAGUCCAGAGGUCUUUAGCCAGCAUCUCUAUCCUCUUUGGACAAAUGGUGAGAGGAAUAAGCGCCGGCGCUCGUGUCUUUGAAUAUUUGGCAUUGAAGCCCUCAAUUCCUCUUUCUGGGGGGGGACGCAUCCCGUAUCAUUCCUUGACAGGAAGAGUGGAUUUUCUCAACGUUUCAUUCAGCUAUCCAACAAGACUUGGCCAUCAGGUCUUGGAGAAGUUCAACCUAACUUUGCCGCCAUGCAAAACUAUUGCAAUUGUUGGUGAAUCUGGAGGAGGAAAGUCUACAGUAGCGUCCUUAUUGGAGCGUUUCUAUGACCCAACCAGCGGCGUAGUCAUGUUGGACGGACUCGACAUUCGAACUCUUGACCUGUGCUGGCUAAGGGGACAAGUUAUUGGAUUCAUCAAUCAAGAGCCGGUGUUGUUCGGAGCUUCCAUCAUUGAAAACAUCCGCUUUGGGAAGCCCGAGGCCACCGAUGCGGAGGUCUUUGAGGCCGCCAAACAAGCCAACGCCCAUGGAUUUAUUACAAGUUUUCCAGAAGGCUACAACACUGUCUUGGGCGAGCGAGGCGUAACUUUGUCUGGUGGCCAGAAGCAGCGUGUCGCCAUCGCCAGGGCCCUCAUCAAGAACCCGAGUAUCCUGGUGUUAGAUGAAGCCACCAGCGCUUUGGACGCGGAGUCAGAGCGUGUGGUGCAGGAAGCUCUGGACCGGGCCACCAGGGGGCGCACCGUGCUCAUCAUCGCCCACCGCCUGAGCACCAUCCAGGGGGCGGACCUUAUUUGUGUGAUGAGCAAUGGAUGCAUUGUAGAAGCUGGAACUCACUUGCAACUCUUGGGCAAAGGCGGAUUUUAUUCCGACCUGAUCCGAAGACAAAGAGCUGCCGAGGACCAGAAAUGAACUAUUUACUGUAGCGCAGGGGUGUCAAACGUACGGCCCGAGGGCCGGAUCAGGUCCGCUGGAUGAGUUUGCUAAGUAUAAAAAUUAACCUGAAAUUUUUGAAUGUAAGAAAACAGCUGUUCUAAAUGUGUCCACUGAAUGUCCCAAUCGAUAUAUUAUUUGUAUCUUUGUAGAUGAUGCUACAUAUAAGGGGUGUGGGAAAAAAUCGAUUUGAAUACGUUGUGCGAUUCAGAAUCGAUUCUCAUUUAAAAAAAAAUCGAUUUAAAAAAUUUUUUUUUUUUUUUUUUUUUAAUCAAUCCAACAAACCACUACACAGCAAUACUAUAACAAUGCAAUCCAAUUCCAAAACCCAACCUGACCUAGCAACACUCAGAACUGCAAUAAACAGAGCAAUUGAGAGGAGACACAAACACGACACAGAACAAACCAAAAGUAGUGAAACAAAAAUGAAUAUUAUCAACAACAGUAUCAAUAUUCGUUAUAAUUUCAGCAUAGCAGUGAUUAAAAAUCCCUCAUUUAAAUUAUCAUUGGAUACUUAGAAAAAAUAAAUAAAACAACAACAAUAGUGUCACAGUGGCUUACACUUGCAUCGCAUCUCAUAAGCUUGACAACACAGUGUGUCCAAUGUUUUCACAAAGAUAAAAUAAGUCAUAUUUUUGGUUCGUUUUAUAGUUAAAACUAAUUUACAUUAUUGCAAUAAGUUGAUAAAACAUUGUCCUUUAUAAUUUUAAAAGCUUAAAAAAAAAAAAUCUACUAUUCUGCUAGCAUGUCAGCAGACUGGGGUAGAUCCUGCUGAAAUCCUAUGUAUUGAAUGAAUACAGAAUCGUUUUGAAUCGAAAAAAUAUCGUUUUUGAAUCGAGAAUCGCGUUGAAUCGAAAAAAAAAUCGAUAUAUUAUCGAAUCGCGACCCCAAGAAUCGAUAUUGAAUCGAAUUGUGGGACAAACCUUAGAUUCGCAGCCCUACUACAUAUGUACAAAAAAACACAUCAGUCAAGGAAAAUGAGCAAACUACAUAAAAAAACAUCCUGGGAUGGAUAGAAAAUUAACACCAAUGAGUUGACUGAUGAGCAUUAUCACAUAAUUUAGUCAGAAAAUAUAAAUAAUGACAAAUAAAGAUAGAAUACUAUUAAAUGCAACAUUUAAGUGUAAAAAAACAACAUUAUGAUUUGUACAAUUUCAUAAUGUGUUUGUUCCAUUUUUAAACCAAGAAAACAAUCUGAAGUUGUCUUUAUUUUUAAGUUAAUGUGCCGUGAUUCUACCAGUCCGGCCCACUUGGUAGUAAAUUGUUCUCCAUGUGGCCCCCGAUCCAAAAUGAGUUUGACACCCCUGCUGUAGCAUUUAUGUUUACACCAAUACAGAACAUUAUGUUUUUAAUUUAAGUGGACCAACUGGACAUGCCAGUCAAUAAAAAAGACAUUACUGUGACAUCAUUACGUUAGUUAACCUUUAUCCAAAGCUAAAUUAUAAUAGAAUAAAAAAUUAACAAUGUUUCAAUGA